AUGACAGAGCAAGCUACAGGGUAUGAUCCAGAUCAACCAGUGGUGGUGCUGCUAACCGGACUCGCGCCCAACCAACAUUGGACGGCAGCGGCUGGUUUUAUUGCAGAUGCUGCAUGGCACUUUACGCACCGUUGCCGGACGACUGUGGUUGUCCUGGUUGCUCGAGGUACGAUGGAUACCCCGGUGAACACGAAUGUGUUCCAUGGUGCCCGAGUAACGGAUCUCCGGCAAGCGCUAGAAUUUCUGCACUCUUGCUUGGAGGGAGCCACAGGCCGCACACCGAAAGUGUUCGCUGCCGGUUACUCAAUGGGCGCCAUCAUCUUGGCAAACUAUUGUGGCCACUUCAGCGAAAAGCCGCUGUUGGCUGGUGCUGUACACUUCUCCGGGCUUCAUGAUGCUGCAGCUUGCCAAAAGCUCAGCCUCGGCUACCACGAGCUGGAAGGACGCCCAUGCCGCGUGCCGUGCUUCAUGCGGUCGCGAGCACUUGUACCUAGACUUCAGAGAAGUCUGAGAGUUUCCAGGAGUUUCGGCACAAGGCAAUCCAGCAUCUACAGGCUGCAGAAGCCCCCCCAGCGUGAGCAGGUUCCCAAGGAUGCAUGGGACAAGCCGACAAGCUUGCCGUCGAAGAGUAUCCUGACAGGGAUGCUUGCCUUCCUCGCUGGCGCGACGAAUGCAAUCGUUUUCACAAAAUACAAAUGCUACUCGAAUAUGAUGACUGGAAAUAGUAUCAUGGUCGGGGAAGGCUUGGCAACAUUACACUGGGCCAAGUUUGCGUUUGUCUCCAGCAUGGUCGGGCACUAUGUCGCAGGAGUCGCCAUCUUCCGUUUGCUCGACUCGAAGCUGGGCCUUCGCAGAGUCAUUGUGACAGCGCCGCUGGUCCUGCUGCUUUACCUUGCGGCUGAUGCUUGGUCUGGGCGAUUCGAUACAAUUUGGCACGUGCCUCUGCUGGCGCUUGCUGCUGGUUUAGCAAACGCCUUUUCCUCGAGCACUCAAACCGUGGUGACCAACAUGCUGACUGGCCACUGGAACACUAUUGGCAACUUCCUGGGCGAUCUUAUGUCUGGCAAGGGAGCGAAAGGGCGGUCGGCCGCCAAACGAAGCCUAGGCAUCACCACCACGCUGCUCCUGGGAGUUGUGGCUGGCGCGACUUUGAUGGAGCAUGGCGUCAACCCCAGGCAGGUUCCUGACGCGAGGUUUUGGUGGCUGGGUGCAGCGUAUGCCUGUGUCUUCGCUUGGUACGACGGUGACUUCGUAUCUGUCUUCAACGGCUACGAUGGUGUUCUGGACUAUUACAGAGACUUGAGCCUUGCUGCCGAUGACAAAUGGAGAAAAGUCAGUAUUCCACUCUUGGCCGUUGCAGCCCGAGAU